GUUUUGUCUGGCUCGUGGAUUCCUAACCUAGUUCACUUGUUUGGACUGGAGAAUCAAAUUCUUUUUGUCUAAACUCAUUUAUCGUCUUAGUUACCCCUUUUCACAUCUAUUUCAACAUCAUUUCAUUUUCAUCAUGUUUUCAGUCAACCUAUGAUCUUAACAAUGAAUGAGUUCCUGGAUACAGAUAGUGUAUUCACUCUUCCAACCUCAAACCAGUUUCUUGUUGUUCAGAAUGUAUCUAAAAAGCUCGAUGUGGACUCAACUGUACCCGUCCUUCUGCUUGAUGACAAUCAGUCUGGCUAUGUUAACAACUUUUUCUGUUCCAACAACUUUCAAGAGGAUGUUGAUGCCUUAUUUGCCUCUGAUGACUUGGGCAGUGAACUCUUGAGUUUUGACAAAGACAAAAGCUUCAGUAGCCUUAUAAAUGCUGAUGAUGAUUUAGGAGAAAUCAUUCAAGGGCCAAAAGAGGACUCUAAUCACAGUGAUGUUGAAGUUGAUGUCGAAGGUAUAUCCGAUGAUGAAGAUGACGCAGUCUCAGCUCCCAAAUGUGAAAAAACUGUCUAUUUAUGCAGUCAGUGUUCCACACCAUUUGGCAGCAUUGAAGAAUGUAAAGAACAUAUGAUAAAGGACCAUAAAUUUGAUCUUCUCAUAAACUCUGUACCUGAUGAGGACACCUCUCAAAUAAAUUCUUCUGAACUGGAAACAACCCCAUCAUUGACUCAGGACAGUGAAGAAUUGAAUGAGGCACCUGGAGUCCCGAUGGCAAAUGGUAACCCAACAGAAAAUGACAGGAUAUCUUUAGACAGCAGCGGUAGACAAGAAAGCGAGAAACAAGACUCCUGCACGCAUACCCCAAAUGACGAGACAGAGUCGCAGCCACAGGCACUAGCUAAUGAUGCAUCAUUGCAAAGUACAGAGGAGAGCAUUGAACCUGAACCUGAAGCGGAACCAACAGGCUCAGGACCUGAAGUUGAAUUCUUUAAGGACCCUGAUUAUGUCUCUAAAUCCUUCAGGUGUGAUUUUCUAGGUUGCUGUGUUCGGUUCACUUCUCACAAAGGCUGUGUUAUGCACCAAGACUGCCAUGAAGUUAAUAGUAAAAUGUAUGUAUGUUCACAAGAAAACUGUGAUGAAAAAUUUUCAAAUUGGAAGCGAUGCAGUCUACACCUGUGGAAAGCUCAUCAAAUUGAUAUUGAUCUCUACACUUGCCCGGUGUGUUCAGAGUACAAAACAUGGUCUCGAUACUCUCUAAGGACGCAUGUCAAAAUUCAUUUGGCAGACAAAGGCUAUCCCUGUGACAAGUGUGAGAAAAAGUUUAAGCAAAAAUCACAGCUAGUAAAUCAUCUUGCUGGUGUCCAUUCCAAGAAAAGCUCAAAAGAAAACUCUAGUACAGAUGAUGCCAAUAAAUGGUACACUAAAAAAGUCUGUAAAAUAUGCUCAAAAACUUAUGCUGAUUCAAAGUGUUUGAAGAAGCAUAUUCAGGCAGUUCACCGCAAGAUGAAACCGUACGUUUGCAAUAUUUGUGGUCACCAAUCUGCCAAGAAAGCCAUGAUGCAAAUUCACAUUCGAUCUCACACAGGAGAGAAACCAUAUGCGUGCACUGUAGAAGGCUGCUCGUACAGGACAGGUGAUCAUAACAGUCUCCGGCGCCAUUUGAUGGGCCAUACAGGAAAUAAGCCAUAUCGGUGUUUGUAUUGCCCUUUUGCUUGCAUCCAGACAAUUAAUUUGAAAAGGCAUAUUGCCGCCAAGCACAGUCAAGCGCAGGACUGUGUUUCAUUUUGCACUCUCUGCCCAUUUUCAACAGUUAACCCUAAUUUGUUCAAAAGCCAUAUGAAUGACCACUCCAAAGGUUUAAUUGAAGGAAAUUCACAAACCGUCACCCUAGAAGCUUCACCCAUCCGCACCAUGCCCACUGAUGAUGAAGACACGACCAACUGUUUCCCUAGCGAUGAAGGUAUUGUCACGGGUGGCAUCACAAUUCCUGCUGAUCCCAACCAAGGACCAAUCGUGCUUCUGCCUCCCAACUGUAACUCAGAGUUUGAAACAGAUGCACUGAUUGAUGCCAUGAACACGUGACUGGUUCUCAAUCCUUUGCUUCCGUGCUAACUUAGUUAGUCUGUUCAGUGGCCUUUGUUAUGUUUUUUUUAUUUCCUUAAUAUGAAAGUUGACUUCACAUAAUUUGGGUUCCUAUGUGAAUGAAAGCAGGCUUUUUUUUUUCUUUUGGAUCGACAAUGAACCACAUGUCGGUGCCAUGAAAUUUUUUUUUGAUGGUUGAAUUCAAUUGUUAACCAAAGAUUAUUGAAGGAUAUCUGUGUGCCAAGUUUUUACUUCUAAUAUUUAUGCAAGAAAUCACUCAAUAGGAAACACGAAGGAGUGGUGGAUGAUUUCUAUCUUUGACAAGAAUGUUUUUAUUUAAGCAUUUCAAAAAUUGCCUCGCAUUUAAAUUUCUGCUUAUUAUCAAGUACUGUUUUAAAGGAAUACCUCCUAUAAUAUAUACCCUGCAUUUUUACAAAGAAUACUAAGUCUCAGCUAUCUUUCAAAGCCAAUGAAAAAGAAAAGUUGGUUGAAUAUUUACCCACAGAUAUUGUCUUCCUUGAAACUAUUGGUAAGAAAAAAUGCUCAUAGUUUCUAUGUGGUUGGCAGCCCUCGUCACCUGUCAUAGCGCUAGCCACCUCCCUCUCUGAUUGAUUGUCAGCGCAGCUGAGCAAUAUCCGUCUGGGUCUGGGCCUGGGUCAAGCCGUGAAAUUUUGUAGGAUUUGUGGUAAAAUCUGAAUUACUUUGAGUUGGGGUUUUACCUUUUAUUUGCAGGAAUUAUAAACGGAGAUACGGAAAAAGAUAUAAAAACGGAAAAAUAAACGGAAUUUAGCGAGACGAGAUGAUUGCAAGAACAGAGAUCGAUCAAAACUAAGAAUUUUUGUAACUAAGGCGACGACCAAGGGGGGACCCGCUUCAUUUUGCCCCCCCCCUGAACUUCUCCGAAGUUCUGAGUUAGAGCUGCUCCUCGUGGGGUCCUCGGAAAAUUGUAACUUCAUCGAAGAUUGCCUUUUCGAAGCAGUCCAGAAGUCGAUUUCUCCUUAACAUAUUACGACAUAGUGGGCAUCUUCAUCUGGAGUUUUGCCUUUGGCACACUGAGCACUGGACGUGGUCCAGUUUACAAGCCCAGAACAGGGCCGUGAUUGUUUUCUGGCAACUAAUGCAUGUAACGAUUUCUAAGAAUAGACCAAUGACUCUUUCCCGUGUCGACAUCUGCAAGGUCAACCAGAAAAAUAGAAGCGGAUUAGGAAAAGGGCGGAAACGAACCUGAUUUUCUGGGAGUAAACGGGAGAAAAGGCCCUAGGCCUUCUUUUAAUUGAUUUAGUGGUUUUUCUAACCGAUCUAGCAACAAAUAUCUCGUUGCUUCUUCGAUGACAGUCAUCAAGCAUCACAAAACGGUGAAUUUAAACCGCAUGAUGACAAUUUUAAUAAUAAAAUGUGACAUCGUCCCAACUUUUAGGGGGAUCGUGUUUGGGCACCUGUUGAGCUACCUUCUCCUGAAUUUCUGUGUUACUAGGGAUGUAAGCCAGUUUGUUAGUAAUGGCCUCCUCCAACUGCUUUUGACUCGGGAUGUCACUAAGAUGGAGGCUCAGGCUAUUUAGUUUGGAGUCCAGCCCUAGGAGAUUGAGGGACUCCUCAUCUUUAUCAAUUAGUUUAUUUAGUUUGUCAUUUAUGACACCCAUACUUGCAGUGAGGCUUUCGAGUAGGAUAUCUGCUGUUUCUGCGAUGUUCCCUUCUGAGAGUUUUGGUAUUUAUUUUGUUAAGCUGAUUGUCCACGUAUUUACAUAUGUCUAUGUUAAGAGGGUCAUUUAUCCGUUUGAUUUCGGAACUUACUGACGAGCCCGGACUUUCAGGAAUUUGUUUCAAGUUUCUAGUUUUUGGAGGUCAUUUAAUGCCAGGAGGUGAGUUGUCAGUGCUAGUCGUGGAGGAAUUGCUCGAGUUAGUUGCGUGUGUCCUGGUUCAUAGUGAUGAUUUAACGGUAUUAAAGGUUGGUGAUUUUGUGAUCGAUUUUGUGGUCGGUUUUGUGACUAGUCUUGUGACCCGAACGGUCGGUGGUGAGUGAAACAUGACGAAUUAAGUUGGUUCACGCGCGGAGCGAUGUGCGCUAAGGCGCAGCGACAAAAGAGCGAGCGAUGAGCGCCUGAGCGCACCGCUACACGUCGGCGGGAUUUGGCUUUCCAUAAAAUUCCACCAUCAUUCUAGGUCGUGCAGAGGGAGUCUGACAUUCGGAAUUUUGAGGAGACUGUGUUGAGGGAGGGGAAGUUGAUGAUGAGACAGAAAUUUGGGACUGGUUGACAGGAAGGUAGAAGUCCAGUUUACACACCAAGGAAUGUUGGUUUUACAGUUUAUGCCAACAAAAUAAAACAAAUAAUGAUUUAAAAUCACACUUUAAUGAAACAAAUAAUGAUUUAAAAUCACACUUUAAUCAAACAAAUAACGAUUUAAAAUUGUACUUUAAUAAAAAAAAUAAUGAUUUAAAAUCACACUUAAAACGAUUGUUAUGACACUGAAGUCACGAAGGUUUUAAACACAUUUAAAAAUUCAAAAUUGGGUAUUUAACAUUUCACGUUGUGCGGCCAUGUUGUACCUGGUGGCACCUGUUUGGCUCUGAGCUUCAUGCAAGAUUCCUGAACUUUCACUUUCGUGGAUUUUGUCGAUCUCGAUCACUACCUCAGCGGUAUGUGAUGUGGUAGCAUAUGAACAGUCAACACAAAUAUAUAACAACUAGGGGGCUCCGCCACUCAACAUCAUAUCAAUCUCUGUCAGUGGUUUUCUCUUCCGUUUCUGUUUAAAAAGCAAGACGUCAUAAUGAUCAACGUCGCCAUCACCUAAGAAUAGAAAAUUCCAUAUCUCUUCGCGGUCACCAAAUUAAUUGCAAGAAGUCUAAUUCUCUAAACAGACGCAGAGUUACAAAUAAGGAUACAAUUUUGUGGCCGUAACUAAUUCUACGUGUCCACCAUAUUUUCCAUUUUUACUCCUGUGAGUUUUAUAAUCUGAUACAUCAAAAAUUUCAACACCAUCUGAUCUAUUACCCACUAUAAACGCUUUAUAUUCUCCCCAAUUCAAGGAAACCUCAUGAACAAUUUGAGUUCUAAUUUCUGUUAAAGUUUCUCAGUCAAUCCCAACACAAUCCUAUGGCGCUACCUAGCGGUGCUUUACCGAACUACUUUUCUUUCUAGAAUGUUCUCUUGUCGUUGUUGAAUCGUCGCCAUUGCUAAGUCAAUAUAAGUCAUGUUCGCCUUUAUAAGAUUACUUUUUCUCUCAAUAAAAGUUUAUCAACUCUAAA